AAAUAUUUGUAUGUUAAACAUCUUUAUCUUUAUUAUAUUGAUGUAUUUCAGGGUUCUAAAAUACAUGCUUCCAUCAGACGUACUCCAAUUUACAAAUUCCAGAUUGAAAUUUCUGAAGGUCAUGUUUAUGCCAUACAAAAUUUCAGUGUUGCUCCAAAUUCUGGAAUAUACAGAACUACGCACCACCCUUAUAAGAUUAAUUUCCAGUUUGGUACCAAAGUUAGUUUGCUUGAUGCUAACUUGGUUCCUGAUGUGAAACCACAAUACACACCUUUGUCAUUAUUGACAACCACUGGAUUUGAUACUGAUUAUUUAGUUGAUAUAUUGGGAUUACUGGUCGGAGUGGGUACUGAAAGAGAAUUGCAAGUUGAUGGAAAGACAACAAAAUUAAAUGUCAUUGCAAUAGAAGCUGAUGGGUUUCGAAUAGAAUGUACUUUGUUUGGUAUUUAUGUCGAUGAACUGAAUGUAUUUCUUUCAAGUGGAGAAGUACAAAAUUGUGCUAUAAGUAUAGAAUUUGCGAAAGUCAAAACUUUUCAAGAUAAGGUUCAACUUCAAAAUUGCAAGUUCUGCACUAGGAUUAAGUACAAUGUUAACUUCAAGGAGGCAUCUGAACUUAAAUCAAGGAUGAUUGAGAACAAUGAAUCUCCCUCUCAAGGAUUAACGCAGCUGUCUCAGACUUCCAAACAUACUGUGGAAGAAGACUUUUUAACUCUUACACCUAGGACGACCAUUCAAGGUCUUAAAGAUUGUAAAGAGGUUGCAACUUUCAUAUUGUUUGGAACCAUUAACCAUAUCUUGGAUGAGGAUGACUGGUGGUAUACGGCUUGUGUUUGCAACAAAGUUGUUUAUCCAGAUUCAAAGAUGUUCUUUUGCGAGAAGUGUAACAAGCAUGUUAUAAAAGUCUUUCCAAGAUAUAGGAUUAAGGUUCGAGUUAUUGACUCAUCCGAUUCCACCACAUUUGUUCUGUUUGAUAGGGAUGCAACCACCCUUUUCAAAAAAACCUGUGCUGAUAUGUUAGAGUCUCAUGAUAAGGAUGUUUAUGCUGGCAAUGGUGAGUUUAGCAGAGAAAAACAGCGUGUAGUCAAUGAGUCUACUGUUGAUAUUGCCGAGGAUUUAUUAGUCAGAUUUACGAAAGAAACAAUUGAGUGUGCAUCCCAAUCUCCUGACUUAAUCAAAGAUACUGCUACGAAUGAGGAUGGUAACACUUCACUUAAGAGAGAAUCUGCAAAGAAGACCUUAUCACUUGAAUCCAUCGAAGAAGACACUGUUCCACUGAAGCUGCUAAAAAGAAAUAUUAAGAAGGAAAAAAUAGUCAAACAAUAGAUGAUUUUAGUUUUAAUAUUUGAAGACAAUUUCUUUUAUGUCUGACAAUUUGGGACUGUAAUAUUUGUACGCAUGGU